GGAUGUAUAAACUUAGAAAGCCUUCACUGACGAGAAUGUCCUAGAAGUCAAGUGCUGACCUGUUUGUUUGAUUUGUUACAGCAACGCUCAACUUCAACAUCAACUUUACACUCACCAACCUGAUGUUCAAUCAGAAUCUUUCCUCUGAAAGCAACCCUAUCAACCUCAAGCCAGUGUCCCUGGUUUCUAACGCACUCCUGAAUAGCAGUUACGCUCCAGCGUUCUCCUCUUGUCAGCCUGCUUCCUUCAGUUCUGACCCAGAAGGGACAGCCGUGAACCUUACCUGUAACUUCAUGAAUAUGACAUUAACACCACCCAUUAACACAGUGACUGUCUACAGGGAGCUAAAGCAAAAUACCAACAAUGGCUCCUCCUUAGGAUCUUACGUCAUGGUCAAGGACAGCCUCUAUGUCAAUGCAACGCUCAACUUCAACAUCAACUUUACACUCACCAACCUGAUGUUCAAUCAGAAUCUUUCCUCUAAAAGCAACCCUAUCAACCUCAAGCCGGUGUCCCUGGUUUCUAACGCACUCCUGAAUGGCAGUUACGCUCCAGCGUUCUCCUCUUGUCAGCCUGCUUCCUUCAGUUCUGACCCAGAAGGGACAGCCGUGAACCUUACCUGUAACUUCAUGAAUAUGACAUUAACACCACCCAUUAACAGAGUUACUGUCUACAGGGAGCUAAAGCAAAAUACCAACAAUGGCUCCUCUUUAGGAUCUUACGUCAUGGUCAAGGACAGCCUCUAUGUCAAUGGGUACCGUGAACUAGAACCUCCUCUUCCCCCUUCAACGCUCAACUUCAACAUCAACUUUACACUCACCAACCUGACGUUUAAUCAGAAUCUUUCCUCUGAAAGCAACCCUAUCAACCCUGAGCUGGUGUCCCUGGUGUCGCAGGCUCUUCUCGCAGGAAAUAUGAGUUCGGAAUUCUACGCGUGUCAACCUGCCUCCUUCAGUUCUGACCCUAGAGGAACAGCAGUGUAUCUUAUGUGCAGCUUUAGGAACGACACCUCAAUACCACCUAUUGACAGAGUGACCGUCUAUUUACAGCUGAAGCAAAGUACCAAUAACUGCACCUCCUUGGGGCCUUACUCCAUGGCAAGUGGCAGCCUCCAUGUCAACGGUGAUUACCAAUCUGCCUUGGGGGCAAAUAUUACAUCUCUGAUGGAAAUCCAUGUAAAGGGUACCAAAGAUUUACUGGUGAAAAAUGACAAGGCGCUAUAUUGUUCUUUCUGUUUUUUCAGGAUACCCCGAGGCAGAAGUGCCGCCAGUCUCACGUAA